AUGGUUGACUUCUCAGACACCGAUUCGGGCAUAUCAUAUGAGAGCACUGAAGAUGAAAUAGAAAUCAACACUCCAACGUAUUCGCUAUCCAUAAUGGAUCCAAUUGAGGCUGCUAUGAAACCAGAAAAUAUGCUAGAACAGUUU